AUGGAUUCCAAUUCAUAUAAGCAGAUCUCAAACUUUGUUGACCUUUUGAAUAGUCAGCAAGACACUGUCUUUGGUUAUGUUCAAGACAAUGUCGAAGUUUCUUCCUCCCAAAUCCCUUUCUUUACCAGUCGAGCGAAGGAAGAAGACAGUCCUGCAGAGCGAGGGGAAAGGAUGACAUGGACACCAGUAGAUGAUAUUGCCCUCAUCAGCGCUUGGCUAAACACAAGCAAAGACCCAAUUGUGGGCAAUGAGCAAAGAGCUGGUUCUGAAGUGAGAGAAGCUAGUCAUUGUAAGCAGAGGUGGCAGAAGAUCAACGAUCAAGUCAACAAGUUUUGUGGGUCGUAUGAAGCUGCUAGUCGAGAGAGAAGUAGCGGCCAAAACGAGACUGAUGUUCUCAAACUUGCUCAUGAGAUCUUCUACAACAAUCACAAAAAGAAGUUCACUCUUGAGCACGCAUGGAAGGAGUUGCGGAAUGGCCAGAAAUGGUGUGACUUGUCUGGUUCUAAAACCAAAGGAAGCGCUAAGAGGAGAAAUUUGUUUGAUGACAGUGCACAAUCAUCAAGCUCGCACGCAUUUGAAGCCACCACUGGUGAAGAUAAGCAAGCAACCAUUAGGCCAGCGGGUGUUAAGGCAUUAAAGGGACAUGGUAAGAAGACAAUGGCUGAGGGUAAGGCGCUCAAUGAGGUUCAGAUUAUGUGGACAAUCAAAAAGGAGGACUUGGCUGUCAAAGAGAGGCUGUCGAAGAUGAGGCUUCUUGACUCAUUACUCGCUAAACAAGAGCUAGCUGAGUAUGAAGAAGAGCUGAAGAAGAAGUUCAUUACCGAGUUGCUGUCUAGUUACGGAGUGAAAAUGGAAGCAUCAAGAGUCGAAGAAUCACGGAGUGGAAGCAGCAGUUAA